AUGCGUUUCCCUGAUUUGUUUAUCAGGUGGAUUAAAAAAUGCAUCUCGGGUUGUAUGCUUUCUGUAAAGAUAAAUGGUGUCCUUGAGGGUUAUUUCCAGUGCAAGAGUGGGCUCCGUCAAGGGGAUCCCCUCUCCCCUUAUUUAUUCGUGCUUAGUAUGGAAAUUCUGACUAUCUAUUUGAACACGACGCUCCAGAAUUGUGAAUCAUUUGUUUUUCAUUGGCGUACAAAGCAGCUCAAGCUUUCUCAUGUUAUCUUUGCAGACGACAUUUUUGUCUUCUGUAAAGGUGAACAGGCCUCUAUUAAGAUUCUUCUCGACUCGGUGUCUCACUUCUGUGAUUGCUCAGGCUUGAAGUUGAACAAAGAGAAGUGCCAGGCUUUCUUUUGCAACGUUCCUGCUGAUAUAGUUCGUGAUACCAUAAGUGAGUAUGGUUUCUCUCAAGGAUCCCUUCCCAUUACCUAUUUGGGACUUCCUCUGAUCACUAGUCGACUCACUCCUUCUCUAUGUGAUCCUCUGAUCCAUCGGCUAUGUAAAAGAAUUGAGGGUUGGGCUGUGCGUUCUCUCCGAUAUAGUGGGAGACUUCAACUGAUAAAAUCUGUUCUCCAAGCCAUUCAGGGCUUCUGGUCAAUGUACUUAUUUCUGCCGAAGGGAGUUCUAAAGCGAAUUCAAUCUAUUCUCGCUAAAUUCUUGUGGGGUGGCUGCAGUUUGGAGGGCAGAUGCCAUUACAAUGUGGCAUGGGCUGAUUGUUGUUUUAAAAAAGAGGAAGGUGGCCUUGGGGUUAGAGACUUGUUUGAGUGGAACAAAUCUGCAAUAUUCUUGCAAAUAUGGAAACUUUCCCUUCCAAACCCCUGUUCUAUUUGGAUUCUUUGGGUUCAUUCCUGUUUACUAAAGCAUAAAGCUUUCUGGACAACGAAGAUCCCGUAUAAGUGUCCUUGGAAUCUUCGAAAGAUCUUCAAUGCACGCUCUGAAGCUUUGCAGCACAUCUCUGUUAUGGUUAAGGAAAAUUCUGAGUUCAAAUUAUGGCAUGACCCUUGGCUUAUAAAUGAGCCACUCAUCCAGAAAUUUGGAGUGGGUUUAAUCUCUAUCAUGCAGUCCUCUUCUCUUGCUGCUGUUGGAACCAUUAUUUCAAAUGGUCAAUGGUCGGUUGCCACUUCAAAUGAUCACCGUGCUGUGCACUUUAGGAGCUUGCUAUACUCUCGACAGAUUGGUGCUAAUGACAUAGUGUUUUGGAAUGGCGCCCACCCAGUCAAUUUGAAUGUCAUUUGGGAUUCUAUUAGGAGAAGAGGAACUCCUCCAGGCUGGCUUCCUCUUAUUUGGAAUAAGUUUCAUAUUCCUGCAUGCUCAUUCAUAUCUUGGUUGGCUUGUCGCGAGAGACUUCUAACAAAGGACCGAAUGCUUCUGUUCCAUAUGAAUACUAACCCCAGAUGUGCAUUAUGUUCUAGUAGCAAUGAAGACACGGAGCACCUUUUCUCCCAGUGCCCAUACUCCUAUUUGAUUUUCCGGGCGUGUCCGUUCAAUCCUAUUCUUGUUUGGAGAAGAUGGAUGCAGGGUGAUUUCUUUGAUGAGCCGAAAACUGCCUUCCAGAAAAACUUUGUUUUUCUUUAUAUCACUGUUGCAAUCUAUUUAAUUUGGAGGGAAAGAAACAGUAGAGUCCAUGAUGGUGGAAGUAUGCCAGUUGCUCAAUUAAUUAUGAUAGUAAAGCGUAUGGUGCGUGAGAAAUUGAGUACUUGUAAUGAUUUCCGUAGGGAACUAUCCAGAGAUCCUUCCUUAAGCCAUAUUCUGUACUAA